AUGGAUCUGAGGGAGAUCCUGGCUGGGGGAGGCAGUGUCACGGAAAUCAAAGCAUCCGAGCCGAAACCCCCGUCCCGCUCCAAAAGCUCCGACUGCUUCGUCCCGCCUCCCAGGAGGGAGGGGCGUGGCCCGGGGGUGGGGGGUGUGGACGGGGCGGAGGGGAAGGCGGUCGCCUGCAGGGGUGUCCCGAAACGCUCCUUCAGCUUCUCGGACCGGGCGAUCUGCGCCAGGGAGAACGGAGGGCAAGGGGAGUGGGCGGGGCCAAAACAGCAGGGUCGCCGCGGCGACGGCCCAGGGACGAGCAGGGGUGGGGACUGCCCCAAUGAUGAGAGGGAGGGGGCGGAGCACCAUGAGGGGGAGGGGCCAGAAGGGGCCGCAGGGGCGGAGCCUAAAAAAGAGGUAAAGGGAGUUGGGGGGAGAGAGGUAGAGGAAGGGAGUGGAGGAGGAGGAGGAGGAGGAGGAGAAACAGGGGGAGAGAAGGAGGAGGGCUUCACCCUGGCCUCCCUCAGAAACGUGGAGGGUGUCGGGUUCGCCCGGAGGCUCCUGGUGCGGCAGGAAGCGAGGGAGAGGGAGAGGAUGCUGGGAAAGGGCAGGGAGGACUGGAGGACUGAGGGAGAGGAGGAAGCAGCUCCAGGAAGGAGGGGGGACGGAGGAGAGGAGAAGACGCCCUUUUGCCCAAACGCCAUGGACAGCCCCCCCAUCGUUCCCAUCACCCCCAUCGCCCUGGCAGAGCACCCGACCCACAGGCCCAGAGACCCCCCCGCGGGGGGCACGGAAGAGAGGGAGAGAGGGAGCGAGGCCGGGUGUGUGCCCAGGGCAGAGGUCCACAUACCCAGGGUGCACUUCUACGGGGAGGAGACCACACUGGGGGCGGGGCCGGGGGCAGGCUCAUUACUCCCGAGUGAGGGAGGAGGGGAGGGAGGGAAAGAGGUGGAGCGGACGGAGGGCUGGAGGGCAGGGCGACCUUUGACCCGCAUCGAGUCACUGCGCGAAAAGAUCAGGCAGAGAGAGAGGGAGCGGGAAAGAGAGAAAAAGAGGGAAGGGGGAGAAGUGGAAAAGAGCGGGACAGGAGAGGGAGAAGCAGAAAAAGAGGAAAGGGAGGGAGAGAGGAGGCUGCAGGCUGGAGAGGGAGAAGGAGAAGUGGAGGAAGGGGGGAUGGUGGAGGAGGAACGGGUAGAGCCGCUCCGCCACGUCACGCAGGAACAGGAAGUGGCCGUGCCGAAACCCGGGCCCCGACUUCCUGCCUCAGUAGAGAGAGCAGCGUUCUCGAGCGAAGCAGCAGCAGCAGCAGCAGCGGGAGAGAGAAGCUCCGCACCACCGCCGUCUCCGGGAGUCCAGGGACCGGCAGGAGAACAGGUACAGGGGGCAGCGGCUGACGGGAGCCCCCAGGACUCUGCGGAAGAAACGGAGAGAGAAAGUGAGGGCGACGGAGGAGAGAGGGACCGCCAGCCGCGCUACCUGCCUCCCUCUCUCUCCCCCUCCCCCGCGCGCUCUCUCUCUCCGCCCUCGCUCGUCCACAUGAGCCGCAUCUACAGCUUCGCCGCGGCCGGCUGCCGGGGCGCCGCUUCCUACGGCGGCCGGAGGGCGGAGCCUGUGGGACGGGGGGCGGAGCCAGAAGAGGAAGGGGUGGGGCCAGGAGCCGCAGGGCAGGGGGCGGUGCAGGCGGGGUCUGGGGGGGGCGUGGCCGCCGUGCAGAAACAGGUGGAGCUGCUGCACCUGAGGGAGCAGGAGGGGGGGAGAGCCCCACUCCAUCCCGGCCGAAAGGGCAGAGGAGAGGCGCAGCCCGCACCCCACGCGCACAGGACGUCCCAGAACCCCCCGCAGACGCAGCUGCACAGCCGGGGGACGCAGCCCAGGCAGCCCGCCCCACUCAGCCAGCCUCAACCCCCCCGGUCUUUCACCGUCACCCCCCGGCCCGAGCCCCCUUCACCCAAAAACCCCCCGCAGGCCGCCCCCACCGGCCCCUCGCCCCCCCUCUUUUCCCUCAGGACCUCUGGGGGCACCCAGGGCAAAAGGGGCAACACCAUCACUAUCACCCCCCGCAAGACCCCCGCUGGCCCGGGGGCAGUCAGGACGGGGCCCGCCCCCAGCCCCGCCCCCGCCCCCACGCCCAACGGGACGGCCGCAGCACCCGGGGACGGGGGCAGGAAGAGGUACCCCACGGCAGAGGAGAUCCAGGUGAUCGGGGGGUACGAGCGACUGGACAGGUCCUGCCUGGUGAAGCAGAGCCGGAGGCACAAGGGGGUGAAGGUGUGCUUUGACGAGACGCAGCUGGAGCGGUUUUGUGAGUACCCGUCAGAGAGCUCUAUGAUGGCCUGCUUCCCCUGCCCCGCCCAACCGAACCCGGAGAGGGAGAACCGGGCCAGAGAGGGGGAGGAUGACGAGGAAGACGAGGAGGAAGAGGGAGGCGUGUUCACAUCCGGGAGCGUCAGGAUAACAGGGCCAGAAGCGAGCCGAAUGCUGAGAGUGGAUGAAUCAUGCCGUCGAUGAGAGGGCAAUCACCUUGCAAAUUUCCUCAGAAGAAAUUAACUUCUCCUAAAAAUAUGGGUCUUUCGUCUAAAUCUCAUAUGUAUUGGCUAUACAGCGUCUGUGGGUGAAGCUCACAGGCACUUUCAGUUGCUUUCUGAUUUCAACCAAUUACAGUGUUUAUAUCAUAAUAUGCAGGAUAUUUACCUCGAAAAUAUCAUAAAAUAACCAUGCUCAGUCAUAUCUGUGAUGCACUGCCAGUUUCUGUCUUUACACACUUUUGCCAAAUUUGCGCACCUUUAACAGUAUUUGUUAUUCCAUAAUGUGUUUGGGAUGUUUCUUUGGUGUGGCACUCUUUUCUGUGUGUGGAGGGGUGGGCGUGGCUACAGAGCCUGUGGGACCAGCGGAUUGUUUGUUGCUAGCUAGCUAGCAGCUCCAUAGGCCCAGAUACAGCGAAGCACAAAGACAAGCCGAAAGAACUACGGUUAACUUUGGAAUCGCUUUUCCUCGGUGGCGUCAGCUGAAGUUCACCACGGAGAUGAAAAGUGAUGCGGAGUUGGCUUGUUUUCUGUUGAACCUGUUAGUAACUAGCUACCCAUCUGGGGUCGCUAGACAUCUGUUUUUUGAUCCACAUGUCUGGUUUUCAAAUUAUUUGGACACGUCCGGUAUAAGUGCAAAAACAGUGUCUCUGCAAUCAGUACCUGCGCCCAUCUGUUUCCGGGUCAAAUGUCAUUUGGACACAUUGACUCCCUCCUGUGUACACUAUGUGUACUUCGGAACAUGGUUUUACGAAUGCAUACAUGCAGGUUACUGGUACAUUAGAUAACUUAGUAGCCUGUAUGUAGCUUUAUUAGCUAUAAAGGUAGCUAACAAUGCUCUGUAGCUAGAUAGCUAGCAAGCUGCUAACCUGCGAGAUGAUAAAGCCACGUUAAAUUUGGUUCCAUUUAUAUCACUCUAUUGUAGCUAUUUGCACUUAGCUGUAACUAAACACGUUUCCUUGCUGAAUAGCUUGAUAGCUAGCCAAGUAGUUAUUGAAAUGAUAGGCUAUUGAUAAUGUCCAGAAAGGGGUCGAUACGUCCAUCCAAUUGACACCAGAGGCAGAAACAGACGGAUGCUGAUUUUGCAGAGAUGCUGUUUUAGCACUUACACCGGUUUAUCAUCCGAAUAACUGAUGGGAGAAAUUUACCAGUAAUUUCUAAUGAAUUUGUGUGUCAGCGACAUGGUUGGGUACUCUGGGGUGAGUGGGCGGGGUUGAAGACAGAAGAGGAGAUUUCUUUGAUUGUACACACAGGACCACAGCAAGGCUAAAAAUCCUGCAUAGUAUGCCUUUAAUACAGUUUGCUGAUUGGCUCAUGUGUCAGAAAUGGUAGCUCUUGAAAGCUCACUCACUUUCCAGGUUUGGUAAAAAACUCAUAAAUAUCAUAAAAUUUAAAUCUGAGCUUCUGUCAGACAAUGGCUUCAGAGUCACAGUGGCUUUUAAAAGAGGUUAUUGAUUUAUUAUCUGUUUAAAUGUGGUCAUGUUUAUUUCCCCUGCUAGACCAUUCACACUUUUUUAUCAGUUCAUUAAAAUUCAUUUUCAUUUCAAUUAAUUUUUUAAAUAAA